ACCUCAAGUCGUAAGAGGAGAGAGAGACCGGGGAUCGCGAAGAGAGAAUCGUCUGCAAGCGGAGGUUCGAGGCGGUGUCAAGAUGCGGUAGACGAGGCCGGGAGUGGAGCGAGCAACUGGUCCAGGACACUCGGUGAUCUCUGGCUGCGAAUCUCAGAUCAGGAGGAGCUGGAGCGGCUCUGCGGGCCGUUGAGCUUGAAGCGGCGCGACCUUGGUUGCUGUUGGAAGAAGCUCGAGCCGGGGGGGAGCCGAGUAAUAGCUAGCCGAAGCUUCGAGAAAAGCUCUGGUUAGCUGGCAGGGCGCACGCGGGAGAGCUAAGAGGAAGAGGGUGAUCAGAGGUUAGCAGAGGAGCCGUCACGGUGGCGAGCUUAGUGAGCGGGAACGUAGCGGUGCGUUACGAUGAGGCGUCGGAAGUGGUUAACACCGGGGGUGUCGUGUUGGCAGCCACUCCCAGGCUAGACGCAGCGGACCCAGCCACGUCCAGCAUGGACACCAGCGACUCCAGCAUGGACACGACCAACGGCACGAUCGCAUCCGUGGUGGCUGGAGCCGCGUCCUUGACGCUGGCCAAGGCCGAGUCGCCGGAACACCUGGCCGGCACAUCGACGAUGCCGUCGUCGGUCUUCGGACCGGUUACCGCCGCGGCCAGACUGUUCGCCGGCAUAGCCAGCAGCAAUAAAACGAAACGACCCGACGACUGGCUGUCCACCAACAGUCCCGGAUCACCGUCCGGCCCGCUCCAGAGCCAGCACGUGGUAUACACCACGCCUCAGCAACAACUCACCGAGACGCCCGCGCAGCAGCAACAGCAACAGCAGCAACCGCCGCUCGCGCACUCGAGCCCUCUGGCGCACCAACAGCAAACGCAACAGCAACCGACCAGCAGCAACGGCUACGCCAGCCCCAUGAGCACCAGCAGCUACGAUCCCUACAGUCCCAACAGUAAGAUAGCCAGGGACGAACUGUCGCAGCCUGGAUCCUUGAACGGCUACGGGAGCAGCGGCGGCGGAAGCGGGGGUGGCAGCGGAGGCGGCGGCGGCGGCGACGGCUGCGACGCCAGGAAGAAGAAGGGCCCGACGCCGCGGCAGCAGGAGGAGCUCUGCCUGGUGUGCGGGGACCGUGCCUCCGGCUAUCACUACAACGCGCUCACCUGCGAGGGCUGCAAGGGCUUCUUCCGGCGCAGCAUCACCAAGAAUGCGGUCUACCAGUGUAAAUACGGAAACAAUUGCGAGAUCGACAUGUACAUGCGGCGCAAGUGCCAGGAAUGCAGGCUGAAGAAGUGUCUGACCGUGGGCAUGAGGCCCGAGUGCGUUGUGCCGGAGUACCAGUGCGCCGUCAAGCGCAAGGAGAAGAAGGCGCAGAAGGAGAAGGACAAACCGAACAGUACAACGAUGAACGGUUCGCCGAGCAGCGGAACACGCAUCGACCAAAUGGGUGUGAAGAUCGAGCCGGCGGAAGCCGAGUCCUUGUCGACGUCCGGCAGCAGUCGCAUUCUGUUGCCGGUCAGCUCCUUCAGCUACGUGCAGCCAAUCAGCCCCGAACAGGAGGAGCUGAUACACAGGCUCGUCUAUUUUCAGAACGAGUACGAGCAACCCACUGAAGAUGAUCUGAGAAGGAUCACAAACCACCCGUCGGAGGGGGAGGAUAUCAGUGAUUACAAGUUCAGGCAUCUUACGGAGAUCACGAUCCUGACCGUGCAGCUAAUCGUCGAGUUCUCGAAGAGGUUACCCGGCUUCGACGAGCUGCUACGAGAGGACCAGAUCGCCCUGCUGAAGGCCUGCUCCAGCGAGGUCAUGAUGCUCCGCAUGGCGAGGAAGUACGACGUGCAAACGGACAGCAUAAUAUUCGCGAACAACCAGCCGUACACGAGGGACAGCUACAACGUGGCUGGCAUGGGCGACACGAUCGAGGACCUGUUGCACUUCUGCCGGCAGAUGUACGCCAUGAAAGUGAACAACGCGGAGUACGCGUUGCUGACGGCCAUCGUCAUAUUCUCAGAGAGACCGAACCUCCUCGAGGGCUGGAAAGUGGAGAAGAUCCAGGAGAUCUACCUGGAGGCGUUGAAGGCGUACGUGGACAACCGUCGCAGGCCGAAGUCGGGCACGAUCUUCGCGAAGCUGUUGUCGGUGCUGACAGAGCUGCGGACCCUCGGCAACCAGAACAGCGAGAUGUGCUUCAGUCUGAAGUUUAAGAACAAGAAGCUGCCAGUUUUCCUCGCCGAGAUCUGGGACGUGACACCCUAGUUCCCCCGUAGCCGGUCACCGGCGCCCGCGCCGAUCGGCUAAAACACAGUGUUUUUCAAACAGUCCGCACGACGUCGAACGACUACGACGACGACGACGACGACGACGACGCUGGAGCGCAGCGAGGAAGAAGAAGAAGGAAGACGGAGACGAAGAGGAGGAGGAGGAGAAGAAGGAAGAAGAAGAAAUAAGAAGAAGAUGAACACAACCACACACGGAUAUAACACACACUUGUACUAGUGCACCAGCAUGCCACUGCCUCAGCGUCGCGAGUCGACCUGCGCUCUGUGGUCCGGGAUGAAGAUAGUCGGAUAAUGACGACGAUGAUUCGGAUGAUGACGAUGGUGAUUCGGUUGAUGACGAUGGUGAUUCGGACGAAGGAGACGAGUAAGACGAUGUAAGCCGAGUCUCUCUUGGCGAAGGGGGAAGCCCCGUGUGGCGCCUGGACGAGCCCCAUAGACAGCCGGAGACCCAGGGCGGAGGGGGAACACGAGCUCCGAGAGGAUCACGGGACGAGAAAACAAGGAUAUAAAGGGAAAAGGCAGUGGCGAGGCACCCAGGCUGUGAUACGUAGAGACAGUACAGAGACUGUAAUAAGGAGCUACCUACAGUUAUGUUAUUACUAUAUCCUCUACCUGGCUACUCCCGGAAUCGAUAUGUAAAUGUCUAAUGUAUAAUGUAUAAGGUACGGUUAAGGCAGGCGUGUUGUACGACGAUGGUUACAGCAACUACGAAUCUAAGGACACAGGGAAACAGAUAGAGAGAGAAAGAGAGAAAGCGAGAGAGAAAGAGAGUAGGAGCGAAAGAGUAUGAGUGUGGUACCGUAUGCGUGCAAUUAGGUCGCGAGAAGCGGGAGAGGGUGGAGGGAGAGACGAUAGGGAGGAAGAUCGCACUGUAGCCGUGCCGAGGAGGGGAUAGGACAGGGCCGGCUGUUGAGCAGCGGGCGCCCGUUGGAUUCUCGCGAGAGGCGUAACAGACAAAAAGAAGAAGAUGAUAACAAAACGAUACGAUUAUACAUAAUGGAUACCAUAGAGUCUAUAUCACACACAUAGCAUAAUAAUAUAUUGCUAGCAUGUACAUUGUUUAUACGAGCAGGGGAAACGGAUGGCUAGAGAGAGAAAGAGAGAGCGAGAGCGAGUGAAAGGGAGAGAGAGAGAGAAGUUUGCUAGAACGAUUAGUAGUUGAGAUGCGAUUAGAUCGAAGGCAGCGACUACACAGAGUUUCCCGGAGACGAGGCUUUGGCAUUUGCGCGCGUCCGGAAUUUCCUUCUUUUUCGCGAAUCGGCUGAACGUGUGGUGGUGUGGCAUACGUGGCAGUUUGUGAAACUGUGUGCGAGAGAGAGAGAGAAAGAAAGAGAGUAAGAUGAAAAAAGAAAGAAAGAAAGAGAGAGAGAGAGAGAGAAUAACGUAGAACCGUAGGAAGUAAGUAAAAACGUAAGUAAGCGAGGCUAGUUUGGUAGUAGGUUCGUAGUAAGUCAGCGAAGCUAGGCUAGGUGACCGAGUUCAAGUGCAAAGCCUUGUGCCUUCAGCAGCGGACAUCGGCUCACCGACAAAACGAAACCAUGAAAUUUAACCGUCCGUUUUAAUUUUUUAAUAAAAAGAUAACAAAAAAAUGUGCAGAGGAAAAUACGAAAUCAACAGAGUCGAGUUUAAAUAUCGUUAAUCUGCGCGCGGGAAGCGAGAGAGAGAAAGAGAAAGAAAGAGAGCGAGAACGAGAGAAAGAGAAAGAACGAGAGAAAGAGAAAGAAAGAAAGAAAGAUAGCGAGAAAGCGUGUGCGAGAAAGAGAGAAUGAAUCGUUUAGAGGACGAGAAGGUAGCAGGAAGAUCUUAGUACGGAGAAACGCGGAACAGGGUUGGGGGAUUCGUCGGUGGAUUCCAGGAUCGGAAACCCGGUGGCGUAUAAAAAAUAUAGUCUGGAGAGGCUGAGAGUGGUCGAGAUCAUCAGACGUGGGCGUAGGUUCUGCUCCUUGAGACAGGCUUCAGUGGAAAAGACAACAAAACUGAGAACGACAAAAACGUUACACACGACAGCGACACACCACGUUUACACGACGCGAUCGCGCGCGCGCGCGCGCGCAUCUACCGAAGCGGACGACCGACCGGCUUUUGGCGAGAGAGACGGCGGAACCCGCGCGAACACCGUCGAACAUGUACAAAAACACCGCGCGAAACAUAGUCUAAAGAACACGCAUCCGCCACCACAGUUACAUGUACACUAAGAUUCUCGAUGUUGUAACACUGUAACUCUAUGCUAUUAACUGAUCGUACGCAGUUGUAUUCCGUAGUAGAGAUACCAAUCGCAAACGUUCGAUACGCGCGAAUCCGAAACGGAUGAUUGGACACAGAACCGGAGGGGGGUGGGGGUUGCGCACGGCGCUGGGGCCGAUUUAUUUUGCUAUAAAAUGCGAUUCACACGCGGAGCGGAAUGACAGCGACAGAGUUCCACACGUAUAGUAGAACGGCGGGGAGGGGGGAGUAAAAAACGGCUAGAUUCGCCUAAGGCGACCAGGCGCAUUUACUAUUGCAAAUCUAUCCGUAGAGGCGUCGAACUAGGCACGCUAGUCGCGGCACGAAAAAAAAAGAAAAACAAAAACAAAGUGUAAGCCGCGUUUCAAUUCCCGAGAGGAGCAGCGUCAUCCUCGCGUUCAAGACCGGACACACGGGUCUCUGCGAAAGAUCAACGGGGAGACAAAAAAAUACAAUCAUCGUCAAGCACCUAAGAUGCCUCGGGAACGGCCUGGCUCCGGCGAUUACGAAACGGAGAACGAUUAACAGGCCCCGUGUACACUAGGUAAAACGCCGCAAGGCGGACACUGCCAGACCGCAGAGUGUGCACCAAACACCGUGGACAAACAGCUGAAUCGAAAGAGGAUCAGGAGAGAAAUAGAGAGAGAGAGAAAGAGAGAGGAACCGUCACCGCCAUCUACCAUCGACACGUUUUUACGUAGACACUCUUGGAAGCGCGGACGUUGUCUCGAGUCGUCGCUGAGGAGUCCCGACCGUUGCGCCACCAGGGAGCUAACAUCUGGGGGUCCGAGAGCUAGCGAGACGAAGCUUCGAACUCGGAAACGGAUGCAGCGAUUCGCCCCAAACUUUGGAUACGGCUUCUUGAUCACCUGGAGCCUUGAUAGCCCUCGCUAUAUGUCCUCCGGAGCACGAGGCGAGAAAUCGAACGAAGAUCGGCGGCUCCCAGAGAUUGCAGACCGAAGAAUCGACUUGGUCUAGAGAGAGAGCGAACGAACCUGGAGGAUCCAGCGGGGAGAUUACCCGGGCUCGUCGGCGCGACGAGACAGGGAGGACCGUACGGGGACACCGAAACACUUGCACGCACCUGUACUCCGCAUUGUUAUACCACACACUCGCGCAUCCACCAUACUGAGUGCUUUCAUGCAUCGCCGUUUUUUGCGAAAGAACGCGUGUUUGUGUGCGAGAGAAAGAGAGAGAGAGAGAGAGAGCGAGUGAGAGAGAGAGAGAGUGAUAGAGAAAGAGAGAAUGAAAAGUGAAUGUUGCAUAGAAGAUGGAGUUUCUUAAAGACACAGCACAUCGCGACGAUAUCGCCUAUUAUUAUACGUCUCUAAAGUAGCCGUGCCUCGUCGACCUGCGACGAACAGGCAUCGGUCGCCGGUCGACGACCACCGAAGGGUCGCGUUCGUUUCGACAACUAUAAUUCUUAACGAUUAAACGUUUAAGCGUGCGAGAACCACACCGCUCUCGCAAAGUCGUCUGCUCUCGAGACUUCCUUUUCGACUCGCCCCCCACGUGUAAAAUCAUUGUCUAGGACACGUAAUAAUAACCGCGGCGCAGUUGUUCUUGUCGGCGGCCCGGCGCGCACCCGACCGCGUUGUUUCGUACAGAUCCGCCCCCCUCGCCGGCGCCCGAACAGGCCAGAGUAGUCUCUCUGUCCGCAUUUGCAAGAAAUUUUAACCGAACUCACCUAGAGAAUCCACGUGGGCUGAAAACAUCAGCCCCACCCGCCCAAUUAAGGGCGCUAGGUAAAAUCCUCUAGCCUGUUCGGGGGCGGAGGGGGUGGUCGCCGAUCGAGGGCGCCGGAUCUACAUUACGAUCGUGCAAUAAACGCUUUCCGGGGGAAAAUGGGGGACGUGGGUCGGCGCGCCGGGGCCGGCGACAGGGCGAAACGCGAGUACUAUUAAACGCCCCCACCCCUCCCGGAGGGAAGAAAGACGCCGCUUCGCCUCUCUGUAUCGCGUCACGGACCGUCGACGGCAGGUCGUCAGCGUCGCACCUCUCGCGUUUCUUCUCUUUCAGACUCUAAGGCUCGGGGAGGGUUGACCGGGCCCCUCGAACAGCCGCGUUUCUGGCCUCCCCCGUCGCGGCCUGGGAUUCCCGCGCGACGGCGGACGGUCUCUAUCGAGAUAUCGCCAGCGGCGCGAGACCGCGGGGAGGGAAGGGGACGACGCGCUCGGGAAUCAAGGUGAACCGCAUCCUUCAAAUCGGAAACCGGUCAUACUCGGGCAAGAGCGUGAUAGCGAGAGUGACAAGGAGCGCAAGAGAGAGCGAUUCUGGUGACGGGACGGUAUACCGAGGGUGGGGGGAUGCUGUCGAGAGACCCACACGCAUGCACACGUGCAUACGUACAGCGAGACACACGGACACGAGGCACUCGGAGGACAGAGACACUGUUGCCAGAUGACAAGCACACGAGAAAUAAAACAAGGAUAACAUGCAA